AUGUCUUUGAUAACAGCCUUUCGGCCUCGGUCCACCAGGACUUCUUCACUGCGACCCCGGUCAGAAAGAGCACGCCGGCGUCUUCAAACACGCUCGCUGGAAAACAGUGUGAACGUUCCUGAAGAAGAAGACCCAGACGCGCAUUCCAUUAUCACGCCAUCGAAGCACACUCCCAAAUCAUGGCGGACUUUCAAGGACUCCGUAGCUAAAGGGGGCCCCCUACAUCCGUUCCGCCUUUUGAGACAAGAUAUCGUGAACCUUCGCAGGCGCUAUAUUUCUGACUGGACGAACUUUAAUCAGCAAAUCUUUGCUAGCGCUGUCUAUGUAUUCUUCACCAAUCUUCUGCCUGGCAUCACAUUUGCGAGUGACCUCUUCGUUUUGACCGGGGCUAAUUGGGGAACAAUCGAAGUUGUCUUCAGUACUGGCCUCUGCGGUGUCAUAUUUUCUCUUGCUUCAAUACAACCAUUGACCAUACUUGGAGUGACUGGACCAUUCUCGGUGCUCGCAGAAAAUAUCUAUGCCUUAUGCAACGACUCUUUCAAUAUCCCCUUUCUGCCAUUCAUGGCUUGGUCACUCAUUCAUGCGGCUUGGAUGCAUUAUGUGCUAGCUGUUAUCAACGCGCAUGACUGGACGAUGCGAUAUGUCACCACAUUUUCGACUGAGAUAUUUUCCUUGUUGAACAGUGUGAUAUAUUUCCACAAGGCCAUUCAGGAAUUGCAAAGAGCUCACGAUACUCUCUCGUUCGCCGCAUUCCUUUAUGCUAUUAUUGGCGCUGUUGGAACCAUGCUCCUCGCGAUCUUUCUGUCGACAGCGGAAACUUGGCGCCCGCUAUUCCACAGAUAUAUUCGUCUGGGUCUUGCGGAGUACGCUGCUGCGAUCUCAAUCAUUAUUUUCAUUGGAAUUCCUCAUAUCGGCGAACUGGCGCACUUAGACAAAAUGACCCUCAAUGUAAGCCAUUCGUUUCGGCCAACCUCUCCAGAUCGUAAUACCUUCUUUGUCGAGUUUUGGAAUUUGCCAGCAGGCUGGGCACUGGCCGCUAUAUUGCCUGGUGCCAUAAUCACAGUACUGUUUUUCUUCGACCAUGAGGUGAGCUCAAUCAUCUGCACUAUUGACAGAUACGGAACCCGGAAGCCUGGUGGGUUCGCAUGGGACAUUGUUCUCUUAGGAACCACGACCGCGAUGUGCGGAAUUUUAGGUAUCCCCCCGGCAAAUGGACUGCUUCCACAGGCCCCUCUUCACUCUGAGUCGUUGAUGCAUGCAGAACAAGAGCAGCAUACUGUCAUUCUGAAUGGGGAAGAAACGGUUGAGUCUCGCGAAGUUCGACGUGUCUAUGAACAGCGUUGGUCUGCAUUCACAGCUUCCGGGGGCAUCAUGCUUUUCCUCAGCCCACCGUUCAUGAGAGUGUUGGGCUUGACCCCAACAAGCGUCUUGGCUGGUUUAUUCCUAUUCAUGGGAGAACAAAGCUUAUCAGUAAAUCCCAUAUUAUACCGAUUUUUCUAUAUCCUGACGCCGCCUUCGGAGCUUCCUCUUCUCCCCGCCUCUCUUCACAAUGAAAAGGCACCUUCUUCUCAAAGACCGUCUUAUCUUCCCAUCCAUUGUUAUACCAUUCUUCAGAUUGUGCUCACUGCCGCAGUAUUCAUCCUAACCCUUACAAAGGCUGCACCUGCUUUCCCUGUGCUCAUAAUUGCCCUUGUGCCAUUUCGCCUGCUUGUUAUGAAGAGGUGGUGGAACCGCGAAGUACUUCGAUUUGUUGAUGCAUGGGCAUGUCGCGAGGGUACUCCCGAGGAUGACGAGGAUCGAAAGCGUAUAUUUAUGGACACCGCGGAUGAGGCAAUCUUUACUGCUGAUGCUUAUCCACUGAAUAAUGGGCGAAACACGAAUGGCGAGACGUGUGUUACCUCUCAUGUGCAGGAUGAUAUGCGUAACACUUCGGAAACACAUGACUGGAUAGAGUUGAAUUUGCGUGAGGUUGAAAAUAUCAGGGACGAAGAAACCGGUGCCGAACCAUCACAAACAAAGUGA